CGACGAACGUCUUCGACCUAUAAAAUCUUCGAGUUGCUAAGAGCCAUCAUCAAUCCGCAGCCCAUCGUCUAACUGAGAACGUCACUAUGAAGGUAGUGAUAUUCUCGCUGGGCGCCGCCUUAUUCCUGACAUCCAUUCAGGCCCUUCCAGAAGCUGCCCUUCUCGGUGGCUCAGGUGGAGGACAUCACCAUGAUCAUGGAGAACAUAGUAAUGGAGGAGGAGGAGGAGAACACUACCUAGCUGAUGGAGGUAAUGGAGGGGGAGGGGGAGGAGGAGGAGCAAAAGGUAGAUAUUCAGCUACUAGCAGCAAUGUUAGGGAAGGAGGAACUGGAGGAGGGGGGAGAGGUGGAGAUGGAGGAGAAUAUAUAGCUGAUGGAAGUAGCGAAGGAGGGGAAGGAGUAGGUCGAGGAACAGGAGGAUAUUCAUCUGCUGGCAGCAAUGGAUGGGGAGGAGGAGGAGAAGGAGGAGGAGGAGAAAAAGGAAAAGAUGGAUAUUCAUCUACUGGCGUCAAUGAAGGGGUAAGAGGAGGAGGAGGAAUAGUGGGGGGAGGAGGAUACAUAGGUAAUGGAGGCAAUGGAGUAGGAGGUGGAUAUGGAGCUAAUGGAGGGGGAGGAGGAGGAGGUGGUGGAAGAUAUGCAGCCAAUGGAAUUCAUGGAAGCGGAGGCUACAUCGCUGCUGGUAAUGGAGACGUUGGGGGAGGAAACGUUGCUUCAGCAAGUGGAGGAGGAGACAACGAUAACAGUGGAAAAACUGGAGCAGGAAGAAAUGGAGGGAGUUCAGCUGACUCCUUAGGAGCUAAAGCAUUUAUAAACUUUAACCUCUUGUACCCACAAAAAGGUAGUGGUGGGGCGGAGGAAGGGUCAAAUAAUGGAGGAGGCGGAGGAGGAGGAGGAAGGGGUGGGGGUGAGAGUGGGGUUAGCAAAGGAGAGGGAGGAGAAUACAAUAACAGGGAAGGAGAUUCCAGUAAAGGAGACAUAGGGUCCAGCAACAGUGGAAGCGGAAAUACUGGAUGGGGACAAAAGAUUGACUCAGAGGAAAGCGAAAGAAACGGAGGAUCUGCAGGGAGCCCAAACAUUGGAGGAGGAAAUGUGGAAGGAUAUCAAGUAGGUGGAGGAACGUUCAGCAAUAAUGGAGGGAGCGGGGAUCAUGGUGGAGGAGGAGGAAAAUCGGUUAAUGAAGGAGGUAAAGGAAAUGGAGGUGUGUACAGUGAUGUAGGGGCAGGAACUAGUCAUGAUGGGAGAUAUAGUGGUGGGGGAGGAGGAUCUGGAGGAGGAUCCAGUCAUGGAGGAAGUAGGGGAAGGUAUGGUGGUGGUGGUGGUGGUGGUGGAGGAGUAGUUGGUAGUGGAGCAGGAGGAUACAGUGUUGGUGAAGGAGCCCCCAGCAAUGGAGGAGGUGGAUACAAUGGAGCGGAUGAAGGGUCUCAUGGAGGAGGAAGUGGGGGAAGAUAUAAUGGUAAUGGAGGAGCAUCUGGUAAUGAGGGAACUGGAGGAAGAUAUAAUAGUAAUGGAGAAACAUCUGGUAAUGAGGGAGCUGGAAGAUAUAAUGGUGAUGGAGGAGCAUCUGGUAAUGAGGGAACUGGAGGAAGAUAUAAUGAUAAUGGAGGAGCAUCUGGUAAUGAGGGAGUUGGGGGCUAUAAAGGUGAUGGAGGGGGACCCAAUCAUGCAGAAGGUGGAACUGGGGGAGGAUACAAUGACUGGAGAGAUGAUCCUUACAGUGGAGUAGGUGGAUACAUUGGAGGGGGUGGAAGUUCCAGUAAUGGAGGGGGUGGAGGAGGAAACAGUGUUGCUGGAGGAGGAGGAAUCAGAAGUGGGUCCAGUAACACAGCAGAGGAAGCAUCAGGAAGAUAUGGUGUAAGGGAGGAGGGAGCUAAUGAUGGGAGAGGUGGAGACAGCGGGGACAGAGGUUAUAACAACGGUGGAGGAGGGCCAGGUCAUGAAGGCGUGCCAAGUGAUAGGGGAAAUAGAUAUGGAGGUGGAUCCAGUAGUGGAGGAGAAGGAAAAGUUGUGGGAGGCAAUGAGGGAGUAGGAGGGGGUGAAUACGAUAAGGAAAGGGUAAAUAAUGGUGAAAGCUCUUGGGAAAGUUUCAUUAGGAGAGAAGGUUCGGGGGGAUAUAAUGGAGGAGGAGGAAGUAUUGUUGAGGGCAGAGAGAAGUGGUGAACACUGUGCAUGUUGAGGCUAAGGAGACGCGGUUUGAAGACACAUUCACUCACACCGUGACUGGCGCAUGACGAGCAACUUAGCCUACCAAGGGCCGAGGGAGUAGUUGAAGACUGGAAGGGUGUAACGUCCAUUGCAAACCUCGCAGAGAGAGCCGUCGUCAAGAAACUGUAUAUAGAUCUAUUUAAUGUCCAUGAAUGGUACUGCU